CAGGGUACUUUAGAACAGCACAGUGUUAAUAUUCCUAAAACUACAAUCAACAUUAAAGGUGAUCUCUUUGAAAUUGUUAAUUCUCUUGAAGCAGAAAAAUCAAGAAAGCAACAAUGCAGUGCCCGGAAGAUUCUGAUCCUCCUUUUUGCUGCUGGAGUUGUCACGGGGACAGCGGUGGGAGUUUACAUAUUAGUGCAGUAUUUGAUGAAGCCCCUCAUUUACCAAGGUUCCAUUUCAUUACAAGAUGCUGAGGUGACCUCUCGAUGCAAUGACACUGAAAACAACGAAGUGGCUACAGUUCCACGCAGAAAAGUAUCUUUCAGAAUAAACACAGAAACCUUCUUGUUGGAAGUACAGGUGGAAUAUAGACAAGAAUGGCUCCUAACCUGCCAUGAAGGAUGGAACUCAGCUUGGGCAACACUUGUAUGUAAA